AUGUGCUCUUCCAACACGGGUCAUCCAGCAGCGCGUGCACAAGAGGAAGGAACGACCGAGAUGGAAACUCGUCCCUCCUUCGCGCCCUAUCGAACUUCUCAGACUUCUCACCAAUCCAACUCUGCACCUCCCACCUCCUAUUCCACUAUGCCUUCUGGCAACGCCGAUUCAUUCCCGACCAAUCUUCGAUCCCACCGUGAGGCCCAAAGCUCUGAGUCCAGUAGCUCCUCAAAAGCUAAAACGUCUAUGUGGAGUCUGAAAGCAACUUCACCAGUAACAUUCACCCCCCAAUCUCCCGCUUCAUCUCUUCCAUCCUUCAGCCCCGAGAGUAUUGACCUUGGAGUCGAUCCCACAACUCUCCUGACCGCCUAUAUCCUCGACCGACCCUCCUCUCUCGACCGGCUUUGGAAAUAUCUUGACAAACUCAAAAACGAGCUCGUGUCAGACGAUCCUCCCAGCUCGCAAUACCUUCUGGUGCGACGGAUCCCGGCCGAUCUUUUUUCGGCGCUUGUUGAACACCAUGAAGCUCCAAAAGGGGUGCGUGCAACAAUUCUCCACCACGAGCACGAGAUCUUAUAUAAGAUCAUACCGUACCACUACCAUGAGAAAGUCAGCAGGCAGUUUGAUACCUGGAUCAACAAUGCUCUUGGUAAUAUGGGGUUGAACUUCCUCAAUUAUGACUUUUGGCUUGGAGGGGCUGGACGGUCGACUGGUCGCGUGUGUAGCAAGGAGGCAGAUACCGCGUUCUUUCCUGGAAGGGAACCAGCCGCCGGAGCACCCAUACCUUGGCCCUCUCUUGUGCUAGAGGUCGGCCUAUCGGAGUCCGUCCCUCAGCUACGGACGGAUGCCCGCUGGUGGUACUCCAACUCGGAUCACCAAACCCAGCUUGUGGUCCUUAUCUCCGCCAAUCCUAACUCUCACGAUGCAGAUAUUGAGAUUUGGACCCCGGUUAUUAACCGAAGAGUUGGGGCUACCACCAGGGGCCGGGAUACUCACGUCCUGGAGUGUACCAAGUCGGCCAGGCUCAGGAAUGGAGUGGUGUCUGGGAAUGCGCUGGAAAUCGAUUUCCAGACUUUGAUGGGGCGGCCGCCACAGAACCCACAAGAAACGGAUUUGGAGCUCACGCCUUGUUGGAUCCAGAGGAUCUGUCAGUAG